GCUCACUUCAGUGAAAUGGAGUGGGGAGCUGCUUUAUCUGUGAGUGCCAGCUGUAGGAAGAACCAUUCUUCCUCUAACAGUCAUCUUCUGAGGACGCGCAGCAGCGACGAGAUCAGUGACAUGAAGGGGCUUCUGUUCCUGAGUCUGCUCCUCUUCUUGGAAGGUCAAAGGUCAUUAGCGUGCCCCCGCCUUUGUGCCUGUCAUGGCAGUCAGGUGAACUGCAGCAGCAGGUCUCUCACGCCCUCCUUGCUGCCCCCCACCUUCCCCGCCGGGACCACCACGCUCCUCCUCCACAACAACAUGCUGACCACCCUCCCCCGGGGGCUUCUGGAUGACCUGACCUCCCUCCACUCCAUCUCCCUCCAUGGCAACCCCUGGGUGUGUGACUGCGGGAUCCUCUACCUGCGGAGCUGGUUGCUACGUCAGCCCCCCGGCCUGAAUUUCCACCAGGGUGUCACCUGCAGCUCUCCUCCCAGCCUCAGAGGGAGGCUGGCGGUGUACAUCACAGAGGAGGAGGCUUUGAAUUCCAGCCACCACUGGUACUGUGACCUGGCCUCUGGGUCGCUGGUGUUUCUGCUUGUGCUUGUGGUGCUGCAGGUGGCGCUCCUGGUGGCUCUUGUCAUCUUUCUGAGGAAAUUUGAGAAGCUAGCCAAAGAAGCAAAAAGAAUCAGAGAGGAGAGCUUCACUGCCGAAGACAAUCAAAGAGAAAAUGAGUACACUUCUUAUAAGGAAAGCAACGUCUUAUCUGAGAUGGAACUGUGACACGACAAGAGCUGUUUUUUUUCAUAGUUGCACACCAAGAAACAAAUGUCUUCUGAUCUGAUUUUUGAUUUAGAAAUAGUGAGAAAGACAUUGAAAUGCCUCUACUCUCUGUUACUGUUUUCCGGAUCACAAUGUUUGUAAUUUUUUUUUUUUUUUUGUGAUUAAAUUUUUUUUUUUUUUUUUUUAACAAUAACUAUUAACAGUGCUUGUGAAUUUUUGAUGCCAAUAAGUGCAAAACCAAAUAUCAUUUGUGGAAAAAUUGUUGCUGUCAUCUUGAUUUUUAUUUUUUUUUUUAGUAUCGUUCAUCGUUUUGUAUAUGUGGCAUGUUUGAACACUUCAAACCUGUGUAGCAUAAUGGAGCACUUUAUUUCAUACGUUUAAAAAAAAUAAAUAUUUCUUUCUAAAUAUCUGAUGCAGUUUUUUUUCUAUGUACGGUCUUCACAUAUUUGUGAGAAUUGAACGAUGCUUCAGAGCCUGUUGUCACUCAAAAGUAUGGAAAUAAAUUUGUGAU